AUGGCGGGGGCGAAAAAGAAAAAGAAGCCUGCUGCUAACCCAGCUCGAGGAUUCGCAACCACGUCGGUUGCUUCCAAGCCCAGACCUGACGUUGCCGAGUCUGAAUCGAAGCCUGUGACAAUCAAAGGCCAAAGUGCCCCUCCAUCGACCCAGAAGGAUGCCCCUCCAUCCUCGUCCGCAACAACUGGCGAUGCGACCACCAAUGCUGGAACCCAGGAGUCGACCCUCAGCCCCGAAGAGUUUGAGAAGCAGUUGGAAGAAUCUGAGCUACAAUUGCUCGUGGAGAAACACGCAGCAAAAACAAAGAAAGAUGCUCAACGGCAACGUAAUCGUCUCGAUACUGACCGUCGACUCCUUCGUGGCCAGGCCGAUUCGAUCAAUAGUUUCAAAUGGCUACCGCCAGACUUGAUGGAUCACAUACUUGACCUUGUGCAAGCAGAAAAUCGAUUUGCCGCUUCUAGCCUGUCCUCCUCGGAGAACGCUGGCGUUGGGAAGGUGCCUCCUGAAGAGGACAUGAUCAUCCGCCUCUGGACAUUACAACAGACCCUGAUCGCCGCAGAAUUCCCCUCGGACCGAGUGACAGCUGCGAUACGAUAUAUCCUCGACAUAGCACCUAAUGUCGCAUCGACAAAUCGAGAUUCUAUCUGGGGACUCGAGGAGGCCCUCGACUGGCUAGCCAGAGAAUGCAAGAUUGGAGAACUGCCCAGUUACGAACCUAGAUCGAAGCCGAUCCCCAAAAGUACCGGUGAUACUCCCCAGGACAGUCCAAUGCCGAGUCGCUCUAGUACUCCUCGUCAAGCUGAUACUCGGAACGGCCGUAAAAACAAGCCAGCUGGGAGCAACGCUCGAUCAGUCAAGGGUUCUUCACCUAUUAAAAAACUGGUGGUAGCUUGUGACAGCGACAUAGAAGCUGACGAGCUUAUUCCAAAAUACCUGGAGACUAAAGCCAAAUUGCUAGAACACGAGCGCGGAAAGGACCAGUCAGGUAGCUCAAAGACAUCAGAAUCGGACGAGGAACUUGCUGUUGCCAAGCUCGAAGCUAAGAUUCGGAAGAUCGAAAAUGAUGUUCUUUUCGAUAAGUAUGAAGCCGAGCAACGGUGGAGAGUCCAGAGAAUUGAUCUCGAAAGGCGACUGGCUGCCGAGAAGCAAGAAUACCAAGCUCAAGCCGAGGUGAUACCAGCCAGAGCGGAUGGAACCCCUCAUGAGCAAGUGGAAAAUGAUGACAUCAACGAUGAAGCUGAGCGUAUCGCCGCCGAAGUCCUAGUCGAGGGGCAAGAUGAGGAUGAAGAUGAUAUUGGCGGAUUAUUUGCAUCUCUGCCUCAAAACGAGGUUGACGCAAGCACAGGCGAAAACCGUACCAUUGUAAACUCAGCCGAUGGAAAUCGAAUUACUAUUCGCGAUUUUGGGAAGUGGACUGGCAUUAGUCCUCGAAGGGCACUUGAGGAAGCAUGCCGUUCGAGGGACUCUUCGGCGAGAAUUUUAUACUCUUUUGUAUCAGAUGCUUCGUUCGCAAAUCGCCAUUCCUUGGAUAUUACCUGGACCAAACCUCAAGAAGUGCCGCCACCAGCGGCCUCAUCUGACAUACAUAUUGUGGCGGACCCUUAUAGAUUCACUUUUACGAUGACCGACAUUGCAACACCAGAUGCUAAGCAGUCCGAAUCUUAUAUUUCCACAGCGGCCCUGUUUUAUACCUUCAGCGGCAAUGCCAAGGACGAAAAAGUAGUGAUCAGACUUCCCCAUGUCUGGAAAGACGUUUGGGCGGAACUUGCUGAAGCACGAAAAGCUCAAAUUGACGAGCAAGACAGAGAUGUGGUGAGGGACUUAAGAGCUCUGGUGCGUCAGAGACAUGAUCAGGAGCUUGAAGAUGGUGUUAUCAUUCAAGGCGCGUUUCGGGGACGGGGCGCCAAGCAUACUCACGACUCUGGCGAUGACGGUGGUCAAGAUCGAUCAAGGCAGAGCGCUGCAAAUGGGGAGUAUUUUCAGAAGAUUUGGGCAGAGAAGUCGAGCACGCGCAAGUUCCAAAUGAUGCUGCAAUCCCGAAUGCAACUCCCCAUGUGGAAUUUCCGAGAGCAAGUCUUGGCUGCUGUCGACGAGAAUCAAGUGAUAAUUGUUUGUGGUGAGACUGGAUGCGGAAAGAGUACUCAAGUUCCGUCUUUCUUGCUAGAGCACCAGCUUUCUCAGGGAAAACCCUGCAAGGUUUACUGCACAGAGCCAAGAAGGAUCUCUGCGAUCUCCCUCGCUCGCCGUGUCAGUGAAGAGCUUGGAGAAAACAGAAAUGACCUCGGAACGAAUAGAUCCCUAGUCGGAUAUUCUAUUCGACUCGAGGCUAAUACCUCGCGGGAAACAAGGCUGGUGUACGCAACCACUGGUAUUGUAAUGCGAAUACUUGAGGGCUCCAAUGAUCUGCAGGAAGUAACGCACCUGGUUCUUGAUGAAGUUCACGAGCGGUCUAUUGACAGCGACUUUCUUCUGAUCGUCCUGAAGAAGCUCCUCAUAAGACGCAAGGAUUUGAAGGUUGUUCUUAUGUCUGCUACAGUUGAUGCGGAUCGUUUCUCCGCUUACCUUGGCGGUGCACCGGUUCUCAAUGUCCCUGGAAGAACGUUCCCAGUGCAGGUUAGAUACCUCGAGGAUGCCAUUGAACUCACUGGAUAUACACCUGCGGAUUCUGAGCCUGACAAAAUGGUUGACUUGGAUGAAGAUCCUGCAGAGAGUGACGGAGAAAACACUAAGAGUGAUAUUUCCAAGAGUCUAUUAGGAUAUACUGCAAGAACACGGUCGACACUGGCUCAAAUUGAUGAGUACCGUAUCGAUUUCGAUCUCAUUCUGCAGUUGAUAGCUCGAAUUGCGAUUGACGAACAUCUGCAGAAUUUCAGCAAGGCUAUUCUGGUCUUUUUGCCAGGUAUUGCUGAGAUUCGCACACUGAACGACAUGCUGCUAGGAGAUCCCAGGUUUGCCAAAGACUGGCUUGUUUAUCCUCUCCAUUCAACCAUCGCUACGGAGGACCAAGAAUCGGCAUUCCUUGUCCCACCAUCAGGAAUUCGUAAAAUCGUUCUUGCCACCAACAUUGCCGAAACCGGAAUCACCAUUCCCGACGUCACUUGUGUCAUUGACACUGGCAAGCAUCGUGAGAUGCGCUUCGAUGAGCGACGCCAACUCUCACGCCUGAUUGAUACCUUCAUUUCCCGUGCCAACGCAAAGCAAAGGCGUGGUCGAGCAGGGCGUGUACAAGAAGGGUUAUGCUUUCAUAUGUUCACCAAAUUUCGCCAUGAUGAGUUAAUGAGCGACCAGCAGACGCCCGAGAUGCUUCGACUUUCUUUGCAAGACUUGGCGAUCCGAGUCAAGAUCUGUAAGAUCGGAGGGAUCGAGGAGACACUUGGCGAUGCUCUUGACCCCCCCUCGGCCAAAAAUAUCCGUCGGGCGGUUGAUGCUCUUAUAGACGUUCGCGCCCUUACUCAGGCUGAAGAACUCACACCGCUUGGACACCAAUUAGCCAGGUUGCCUUUAGAUGUAUUCUUGGGUAAACUCAUUCUGUAUGGAGUUAUCUUCAAAUGUUUGGACAUGGCUAUCACUUCUGCUGCUAUCCUAUCUUCCAAGUCACCCUUCUCGGCGCCGUUUGGACAGCGCGCUCAGGCAGAUAAUGCUCGCAUGGCUUUCCGUCGGGGAGAUUCCGAUCUUCUCACUAUUUACAACGCAUACCUGGCUUGGAAGCGAGUAUGCCAGUCUGCUGGGGGCGGCGGAAAGGAGUUCCAGUUCUGCCGCAAGAACUUUUUGAGUCAGCAAACUCUUGCAAACAUCGAAGACCUCAAAGGACAACUCCUUACUUCUCUCGCCGACUCUGGCUUUCUUUCUCUCACUGAAGACGAAAGAAGAGCCCUUUCCCGAGCUCGGUUUUCUGGAGGCAGAGGACGAAGGCAGCAGCAAUUUUAUGAUAUUCCUCGAAGAGUCAACCUCAACAGCGAUAACGAUAUUGUUUCGGCAUCAGUUAUUGCCUGGAGCUUUUACCCCAAAAUUCUUGUGAGAGACGCGCCCGGGUCCAAGGGCCUAAGAAACAUCGGCACAAGUCAGUCCAUUAGUCUCCAUCCAUCGUCUGUCAAUCGGGGACGCCACGACCUUCGAUGGCUUUCUUAUUAUCAUAUUAUGCAGUCCAGAGCGGUUUACCACGCCCACGAGGCUACUGCCGUGGAAGCAUUCGCCAUUGCACUACUUUGUGGCGAUGUACGAUGUGAGAUGUACUCCGGGGUCAUCGUUCUCGAUGGAAACCGCGGUCGCUUUGCAGUACCAGACUGGAAAACGAUGCUAGUCAUGAAGGUCCUCCGAACACGUUUACGGGAGCUCUUGACGAGAUCUUUCAAGCAGCCAGGCAAGCUCCCUACUGCUCAGCAAGAAAAGUGGCUUGAUGUUUGGCAGAGGAUCUUCACACAAGAUUUUCAGGAUAGAUCUACCGCGGGCAUAAUGAGCAAGGGGUGA